CAAUUGUUUUAUCUGUUCCUGAAGCUAGGCACUUCCUUGGAUGGUGCAAUUUCGGUUGUGACUUGACUGCACACAGAAGGAACCGCUCCUUUGAAAUGCCUACAAGACAUUGAGUAUCACCAAAGUGUUAGGAAUGUCUAAAGUCGGCUUCUGGCUGACGGCUGCGCUUGCAGCUGCCUGCGCGGCAAUGGUGCGUGGAGCGACCGACGAGUGCCAGGCGCUGACGGAUCAUUAUCUGGAGAAGCACCACAAGGAGGCGGAACCGUACACGGGAUCGAACAUGCUCUACUUCUUGCACGUUCCCCGGACCGCUGGCCGGACAUUCCAUAGUUGUCUCCUGAAGAUAGGGACGCACCCAGCGAGGCGCUGUCCAAAGGCGUACGAUCAUUUGCGCCUCACCAACAUGACGGCACCGGCCUGCUACCUGCUGUCGUCACACGAUGACUUCAGCGUGGUGUCCAUGCUCCCGCCGGAUGUCGCCGUGAUCAACCAGCUGCGCGACCCCUUAGACCGCUUCCUAUCCGCGUACGAGUUUGCCAUCGAGGUGGCCGCACGGUCCCUGAAGCGGCCGAAGAACUUCCGUAAGAAGGUGGGCAGGAUCGCCACCGAGGAUGUGUGGCCCUGGUCCUACCUCAUUCCCUUCUUCGCCGAGGACAUGCGGCCAAAGGUGGCAGCCGCCCAGGCGGUGCCGCAGCCGGAAGGAGGCCGCUGGAUCGAGGUGGAGCAGGAUGGCGAGCGCUGGUUCCACAACAAGGCGCUCAACGUGAGCAGGUGGAACCUGACGGACGAGGAGGCGGGGCUCAACGGCGGCGUGCUGCCGCUGCUGGACCCCUACGACAACGAGCUGGUCAUGAGCCUCAGGGAGUUCGCGCAGCACCCCAUCGCCACGGAGCUGCUGCACAACGGAGCCGCGUUUCAGGUGCUGGGCAUCACCAACUACUCGCACUGGGGCGACGCCGGCACCUUCCGCGCCUGCCUGUCCGCGCACCCGCCGCUGUCGGCGCAGCUGCUGGAGGUGGCCAAGUCGCGCGUGCGGCGCUUCACGCACGUGGGCACCACCGACCGACUGUUCGACAGCGCGGCGUCGGCGCUGGUGUCCAUGGGUCUCAGCAUCCACAGCCCAGCCUACAGCGGCGGCGACGACGACGUGGCUGGGCGCGGCGGAACCCGCCGCCGCGCCGCCGCCGCGGAUGAGGAGGAUGACGGCAGCCGGCAUGACGACGCCGGCGGCCGUGGCGGGCGCGGUGCCGGCGGCGGCCGCGGGCUAGCGGCGCAGCUGCAGCUUAUGGCUAAGUUGGUUCGGGAGGCGCGGACCCGGCUACAGGCGGCGCAGCGUGACCUCGUCAAUGCCCAGCGGGAUCACUCCUCGGAUGAGGCGGCGCUGGAGGCGCUGCGCGGCCGCGUGGACAAGGCGCGUGAGGACCUCAUUGCCGCACAGGACCGGCUGGCGGAGACACGCGACCGGCUGCCCACCGGCGAGGCCGAGGCUGGGCUGGGCCUGGGCGGCGGCGGCGGCGGCGGCGGCGGCACGGAGGACGUGGCGCGGCGGCGCGGGCAGCGGCGGCUGCUGGAGGCGGAGGCGGAUGGCGGGGUGGCGGAGGCGGUGGAGGGCGCCGCGGAGGAGCUGCAGGCGGACGGCAGCGGCCGCGAGGUGCUGUCCACCGGCUCCAGUGCCAACAAGGUGGUGGUGCCGCAGGUGGAUGGAUUUGGCAACCCCCUUGACAUGAGCUUCAAGCGGAUACCCAACUCGGACGUGGGCACGGAGUUUGUGCGCUGCGCCGCGCGCGCGCAGCAGCGCUCCGCCUCGCGGCGCGACCAGUCGCUGGCGGCGCUGUCCACGUCGGACGGCCGCCACGUGGCGUUCAGCAAGGCGGCGCGGAAGCGGAUACCGCAGGAGGUGCUGGACCUCAUCAGGUCUCACAACGCCAUGGACACGGAGCUGCACUCGCUGGGCCUGGCGCUGCUGGACGCGCGCAUCGCGGAGCAGAAGGCGGCGGGGCUGUUCCACGACCUGCCCAAGCUACCCCCCACGGUGGGCCGGGCGAGCGGUGGCGGUGGCGGUGCCGGUGCCGCGGCAGCACCAGCAGGCAGACGCGGUGUCGAGCACGGCGGCAGAGCCAGUAGCAGUCACCGGGACAGGCACAGACGCGGGAAUGGAAGAGGCGGAGGGCGCAGCGCGGAAGCCGUGGUGCCGGCGGCGGGCGGUGUCAGUGCCGACGCCGGCACCGGCAGCGGGGGUGUCUGGGAGGCGGUCAAGGGACUGGUCCGAUCGUGGGGCAGCAGCCAAGCGGGGCAGCGGCCCACGACUGGUGAAGCCCCUAAGCGAACGCGGCGGCAGCGAGGGAGAGCUGCGGCGGUGAGGAUAGUUGCACAGCCGCAGCGGCCACAUCGGCCUGAGGAUCCCUGACGGAUUGGCGGUGCUGGUCUUGGGGCAGCCCUAGUGACACACACAGAUGCCGCGGUUCAGUGGCGGCAUCCACGCGAGGACGUCAUGAGGUCAAGUCGAUCCAAUCGAUAUAGAUGUUGUCAUUGCUGUGCGCAGCGAGGUUGGGGCGGGCUGGGCCCGUCGCACGAACUUCGGGGUGGACACGGGGCAGGACCCAUCAUGAGCAUGCGUGUGUUGCCGGGAUGCGAGCAUAGGAAACCGUAGAGGCAGGAUGCUGUGCACAACGGACGGCGGUUAACGUGAGCACGGAAUGUAAUGCUGACUGAAG